AUGCUGAAAAUGGACCAUGCAAACAUGACCCAAGCCAUGCUUGAUGCUGAAUCCCGCACCUCAGAGAAGAACAACAGCAACGAGUAUUUUUACAUUCUGGUUGUCAUGUCUUUCUACGGCAUCUUCCUGAUAGGGAUUAUGCUGGGCUACAUGAAAUCCAAGAGAAAAGAGAGGAAGUCCAAUUUGCUUCUGCUCUACAAAGAUGAGGAGAGAGAAUGGGGAGAAGCUGUGAAGCCUCUGCCAACCAUAUCGGGGCUGAAAUCUGUCCAGAUGCCCAUGAUGCUGAACAUGCUGCAGGAGAGCAUGGUGCCGUCCUUGUCCUGUGCAAUCUGCUCGAUGGAAGGUAGCAGCGUGAGCUCUGAAUCCUCCUCCCCAGAUGUGCAUUUCACCAUCCAGGAGGAAGUGCUGGAUGCUGAACUGGGGGAAGUGUCAGAAACGCUCCUCAAUGAGAGCAGUGAGGGAUCUGCGGAAAAUAUCCACAAGAAGUCCUAG